AUGAACGAUCUCAAACCUGCCGCUUUUUUUUCAAUUGUGCUGUGCUUCUCUUCUCGCGAUUACUGUGUCUCGUUUGUUAAUGACAGAAAUAAAUCAUUAAAAGUUGAAGUUCGUGACCUGAAAUCUGACGAAGAGUGGCACGGCUGUUUCUCCUCUGAUUAUAUUGAAGAACUUACGAGGAAAACCGGUAAUUACAAGAGUUAUGGGAUUUUUGUUACGAUGCUCUAUGCUGUUUCCUUUAAUAAAUCGAAGUCCCUCAUUCUUGAUCUUGUUGAUUACGAGGAUCUUGAAAACUUCCGAAAAUCCAAUAUGAUUAAUGAGAAACCUCUGGUUUUGCAACCUGAUCGUCAGAGACGACCACAGCGUCGUUACCUUAUAUUGACCUAUAUAUCCGACUUUGAUAAAACAUUUUAUCCAUUGCCUCUCACGUAUGUGGGCGUUGUUGAUAGAGCAAAGCUAAUUAAGCAAAUUAGCAAGUUACGGGACGCGCUCUAUAACGAACGGUUCGAAGGGGGAAUACGUGGUGAAAAGGACACAGUCUGCAGUGUGAAUCGCCUAAAAAUGGAGUACGAAAACAAUGCGUCCAAACUAAGAAGUCGCUCGGCCAGCACAGACAGCUCGAGUUACCUGGGCGGCAUAUCGAAGAAAUCGCAACGCGCUGUGUCUCCGUCCCGAUCACGAAAUCGAUACUCACGGGACUCCGUUCGAUCGCUGCCUGUCUCAGGACCUCGUUCACACAAGGAUAGCAAUAAGUUUGUUACGCCACCUUCACCCAAACGAAGAAGUCGAGCGCGUUCCGCCAACUCCGUUGGUUCUAUCCACAGUGCCAUUUACAGCUCAGUCCAUCUUUUUGCUACAGAGAAUCGUUUUGACCCGACAGCGUUCGUGCAAAAGCAACGUCAGAAACGUCAGGAGGCAAAACAGAAGAAAAAACCCGACGAGGUCUCGCGUCUUCGUCGGAAGUCGUCGUCACCAUCUUUGGUUGUCAUCUCAAAGUGCAUCGAACCGUGCCGCGACGAGACUCGCCGAGUUCGUGACACUUCAAACGACUUUGUGCGCGAUCUGCGUUCGCACCGACUGUCACCUCUGUCAAACCGGUUUCUAGACGCGCCAGACUUCCUGCUGUCCGAUGUUGAGGACAGGUAUCGCGCGUCCAGCUACGGCGUCCGCCAGCGAACCCCUCCACACGGCAUCGAUGACUUUAAUUUAAGCGAGUGUGAUUCACAGUCUAGUUGUUCUUCGCUAAGACAACCAAACGACUAUCGUUGGUCCAAAAGUCGAGGCAAGCAAAUCAGGGAGGACAACUGUUGUUCGGACCAGAUGAAUCGAUCCAAAAGUUCCUCGUCUUGUCGCGAUUCCGUCCUCGACUGUGAACUCGGUGAAAUGCAUCGACGCCUCGACAAGUUGCAGGGUUUCUUCAAGAGCUACUUCACAUAA